AUGCCUUGUGAACCAGUUGACGUCGUAAUCCACUGCGGCGACCUCACACAGCACUCAACGUUGAACGAAUUCCGCAAAACGCUUGAUAUGCUAAAGAAGUUCAAGGCACCGCUCACGCUCGUCAUUGCAGGCAACCACGACUUCUCGCUUGACCCCACGGCGUUCAAGGCAAAGAUUGAGGAAGCCAACCGGAUUAGCGGUGAGCCUCUCGAGGCAGCCCUGCUUGAAAGCGAAUUUGGCGGGAAUGGAACGGUUAGGAAAAUCUUCACAGACGCUCAGAAAGACGGCAUCUUUCUCCUGGACGAGGGCACGCACGAGUUCGCUCUGGCGAAUGGUGCCACCUUCAAGGUCUACGCCAGUCCGUAUACUCCAUCUUCCUCAGAGGGCUGGGGCUUCUCCUACAAUCAAGGUGACGGACACCACUUUGAUAUCCAGGCGGACACAGACAUUGUCAUCACGCAUGGCCCGCCCCACGGGAUGAUGGAUAUGGCCGCGGAUAGAGAGCGCAUCGGCUGUCCUCAACUCUUUGCUGCUGUCGCACGAUCUCAACCACGUCUACACUGUUUCGGACACGUACACGGUGGCUGGGGAGCAAAGCGUGUGGCUUGGCGCCCGCAACUAUCCAGCAAUCCUUCACACUUUAGCGAUAUUGAUCACGAUAAGUCCAAGCUUGUUGAUAAUCUCUCGUCACUCAGGGGCACCAAGUUCGAAUCCGAGGAUGACAAGAAGGAAAGGGAAGAGAAACUCGAACUCUACAAGAAGCAAAGGUGUUGUGUCUCAGAACAUCUUCGUGGAGGUAUGAGCUCAUCGAAACCAAAGAGCACAAUGUUUGUCAACGCCGCGAUCGAAACAGGUGGUGAAUUACAACACUAUCCUUGGAUCAUUGCCAUCGAUCUGCCAACAAGCGAAACUAGCAUGAUGCCAAAGACUGAGCGGAAGAGAAAACGUGAGGGGGCACAUCAAGAGCCCGAGGAAGUAAAGAAGACUCGGAUUGAACAUGAAUAG